UAGCUCUAUCCAGUGUAUAUUAUCCAAGACCACGUAUAUGGCUUUGGCUUCUUAAUAAUAGUGCGUCAGAUAUCAUCAGUUAGCUAUCUAGUUAUUGUAUAUAAUAUCUGUGAACGUGAGGAAGCAGCAAUCCCGAUCAACGAUCAACUAUUUGUGUAAUACUGUAUUUGUUAUGCAUGAAAUAUCGUUUUACCGGUGUCCGGUACUCACUACUCAGUAGUCGGUGCCUAUUUAAUAUCUUUCAACGUUGAGAUUUGAUGUUUCAGGUUCUAGUGUCGUUUUCUGUUAAAAAGUUCAAUGUAUUUAUUUCGUGCUAGGUGUACAUAAUAUAAAUACAUUGAUUUCGAAAUGAAAGAUAAAAAACUUAAGGGUCUACAAAUCGAUCCGACGCUAUAUCGAUCCAAUGUAUGGCGUCUUGCGGUUUACAGUCGAAUUUCUAUUGUGAUUAUGCAGUACGUCUUCAAUACUCUGAUUCCAGACCACCAAGCUCAGGAAGUGUUCAUAUCGCCAGGCCUUCUAAAUAAUGACGAUACUAGUGUUGGCUAUUCCGUGACUGAUAUCCUAGGUGGAUUCCUCCGUUGGGACGCUCAAUAUUUCCAUCACAUCUAUCGAUAUGGUUAUACUUAUGAAAAUACGUUGGCUUUUUUUCCCCUAUAUCCUUAUGUCUUAUGGCUGUUAACUGCAAUUUUUUCUGGUCAUCCAAACACUAUGUUUCUCAUUGCAGGAGUUGUCUUCAAUAAUUUAAUUUUCGUUUUCACUGCAUUGGUGUUAUUCAAUUUGACUUUACGCAUACAUAAAAACGUAGAAAUGGCAUAUAAUUCAACAGUCCUAUUUUGUUUUAACCCUGCUAGUGUUUUCUUCUCGGCUCCUUAUUCAGAGUCACUGUUUGUGUUUACAGUGUUUUAUGGUAUGUAUCAUAUAGCGUGUGAAAAUAUUUGGAAGUCAUCAUUAUUAUUUGGUUUCUCUGUAUUGAACAGGUCCAACGGACUUCUCAAUGUUGGCUUUUUAUUAUAUUAUAUGAUUCGAUCAGCCGUCAUAAAAAGAAAAAUAUCAUUCAAAUGUCUUAUUGGUGUAUGUUUUGUUUUUGCAUGUUUCGGUUUGUUUCAGGUAUACGGGUACUAUAAAUUCUGUACUCUGCAAGAACACACAUUAGAUCCCAAUGUUAUUGAUUAUGCAAUUACAAAUAACCUAAUAAUGCCAAACAACAUUAGUGUCCCAUUGUGGUGUGGAGUACGUAUACCAUACUCUUAUGUUCAAGAAAAAUACUGGAAAAAUAUUGGUUUCUUAAGUUAUUUCCAAUUCAAACAAAUUCCAAAUUUUUUGUUGGCUUCACCUUGUAUUUUUUUACUGUUAAAAUAUGGUUUUGAAUAUUUUUAUAAUAAUAAUAUAAUUUAUUUAGGUCUUAGAAAACGAGAUAGACCAGAUUUUGUAUAUGUUGUCCAUUCAACAUUUUUAACCAUUUUUUGUUUGUUUUGUAUACACGUUCAAGUGACUACCAGAAUGUUGGCAUCUUCAAGUCCAGUUUUUUAUUGGGCUUGUUCAAAUUAUUACAAGUUUCCACUAAAUUUCAAUAAAAUUACUUAUAACCGUAUAAUAUACAAUUUUAAAUCCAAAUUGGUGACAUUGUACUUUUUUACAUAUUUUAUAGUUGGCACUGCGCUUUUUGUGAACUUUUUACCAUUCACUUAGUACACAAAUUUUAAUAUAAAUUAAUAUUAAAUUUA